AAAAAUCGAAGUGUUGCCUCCACUUUUGAAUAGUGCUCGUAUGCAAAUUUGCAAUCUUACCAAUGAUGAUUUUAGAAAUCUGCGAAACCUAAGGUUCCUUCAACUGGACGGUGUUAAUAUUAUUGGGAAUUUUGAGUAUCAAUUUUCCAGGUUGAGAUGGCUAUCUUGACAUUCUUGUCCUUCGGAUUUUAAAGCUACCAAUUUAUAUCUGAAGAGGCUAGCCAUUCUUGAUCUCUCACAUAGCAACAUCAGUCAAGAUUGGGAAGGAUGGAGUAAAAUGGAGGUUGGAGACAGCUUAGCAGUCCUAGAUCUCUCUUCAUGCAAAAUAUCUAGAACCCCCAACUUAUCAAAAUAUACGAACCUAGAGAGGUUAAUUCUUGAGGAUUGUCAGAAAUUAGAGAAAAUUGACGGCACCAUUGGCAAUCUAAAGAGGUUGAAGCACUUGAAUUUGAAUGAUUGUUAUCGUCUUCAAGAUUUGCCUGAAGAAAUCGGUUAUCUCAAAGCCUUACAAGAGCUUUUCCUACGUGGCUGUGCCUACUUUUCCACAUUGCCUGCGUCAAUCGGUGACUUGCAAUCUUUGGCGAUCCUCGAAUUAUCACGUGUCAGCAUUGUGAGACUUCCGGACACAAUUGGGAGACUGCAGAAACUUGAACGCCUCUCAUUGAAGUAUAGCAAUAUAAAGAGACUACCAGAGACGCUUGGAGAUGUGCAGUCGUUAGUUGAAUUAGACUUGACCCAGUCAAAGCUUGCCCAAUUACCUGAUUCCAUCGGACGCCUUACGAAGCUUGAGAGCCUCGGUUUGGGAGGUUGCCUCAAGAUUCAAAAACUGCCGGACUCGCUUGGGAAUCUAGGAUCUUUAUCUCAGUUGGAUAUAUCAUUCACAGGCUUCUUGGAGUUACCCGAUUCAAUCGGGAAUUUAAAGGAAUUGAAAAUGUUAGACGUAUCUAAUUGCAGGGAGAGAAAAUUACCGCGGUCCAUUGGAACGAUGAAGAAGCUUGAAAUUUCGGAUGCAAGGAACAGCGAUUUGCAAGGAGAAAUCCCGACUGAAAUUGGGAGAUUGUCCCGCCUGAGAAGAUUGGACUUAUCGUCGACCAGCAUAUGCCUUUUGCCCUGGACGAUCAGUCAGCUUUCUUUGCUCGAAGCGCUUUGGUUAGUGAAUUGCAACAAACUCGAGGAGCUGCCUAGGCUUCCCGCAAGUUUGACCGGUUUAAGGUGUGCAUCGGUGAUACUAAAGAGAAUCCCAGAUCUCUCAAAUAUAAGGAACCUGACUAAUGUGGCGAUACUUAACACUGGAGAGGAUCCUACAAAAAUUCUUGGUUUAGGCAUUACUCCUGGUACAGACGUGAUACCGUGGGUAGAUUACGUAUGCACUAGAAAUCUGGCAGUGUGGUCACCCUGUUGGGAUCCAUCUAUGUUAGAGGAAUGCAUCAUGGUAUGCAUUCAAAUAUUACGACCCUACCGACACAUUUAAUGGGCAGUGUCUCUCGGCCCUGCACGCUGAUAUUGGGUUGCCCUGGCCUGCUUUGGAUUCCACAACUACCACCCAGUUUAUCAACUUUGGCUCUUAUGCAUUUGCGAGAACAUACAAAGCUACCCUGUCUUUCCAACUUGAAAAACUUGUCCUAUUUAAUAUUUCAUAAUUGUUCUAUUGGAAAAUAUGGAUUCGGAGAUCUUGGGGUCGGAGAAUCGGAGCAGUUGGAAAAAUUGGUGCUAUCGUUUGACUCAGGCAUGCUUGAUGGCCUCUGGGUGCCGGGGAAGUUUACUACUGUUUGAAUUGCAUCAAUGCACUCGCGUUCAGAAGUUACCGAAUCUGUCGCACUUAGAGAGACUAAUAAAAGUCUUGAAAAUAAAAUUUUGCCAAGCACUCUUGGAGGUUCCAGAUCUUGGAGGGCUAGUAUCACUUGUAGAGCUUUUCAUUUAUGAAUGCAAGUCAUUAGAAACCGUGGGGCAUCAUCUGCCCCUAAGUUUGAGAGGCCUAUCCCUAAUUUCUUGCAUAUGUCUAAAGGAAUUACCGGAUCUAUCGCACUUAAAGAACCUACAAGUGCUGAAGUUAUAUAACUGCAACCAACUGGCGCUUGUUCUAGGUCUUGGGGCUCUAGAAUCACUGGAGCAUUUAUCGGUUGGGUUGUGCAAGUCCUUGAAAUGGUCUCAGUCGCGAGCAAGUCGUUGGAGUAUAAAGAGGCAUUGCUUAAAGAAUCUACGGGAGUUGAGGAUACAUAAAUGUGAUAUAGUAAAGAUCUCAGGUCUUGGAGAGCUAGAAUCAUUGCGUUAUUUGAAAAUUAGCUCAUGCAGUUCAUUGAAAGAUUUAGGGCCUUGCUUGCCAGCUUUGGAGGAGCUUGAAAUAAAUUCUUGUCAGAAACUCGAGCACUUACCCGAUAUUUCGAACGGGGAGAAUCUUCACAAGGUGACCAUACAAGGUUGCGAUCGGCUGGGUUAUUCCGGGAUUUGGACAGAAGACAGUUCCUAAUGUCAAAGAAAUAAUUGUCAUGCACUUCGCCAUUGGAUGCUUUCUGCUCGGGGUCUUAAAAGGUUCAUUCAGACGCUGGAGGGACGCCAUCGCGGUUGCCGAUGUCGGAGGAAAAGCAGUUCUCACCUUGCGUUGUUCUCGGUGUAAAAACCACCAUCGCAGGAGCUUAGAGUUCAGGUUGCCGAUGUCGGAGGAAAACCCGUUCUCACCUUGAGUUGUUCUCGGUUUCGGGGCCACCAUUGCCAGGCGAAGGAGCUAUAAGCUUUUGUUCUUCAUCCAUUGAACUGAGCUAAAAAUGAAUUCAUAGUCCACGGAGGCUCAAAGGACGGACCCUUUUCCUUUCUAUCAUCUUUGAACUCAUUGUUACCUAAUUGCAGAAUUUCUGUGUUUUGAGCCAGCUCCUCAGGUUUAGACCAUAUAUGCUGUAUUGCUCACUUCUUUUCAGAGAGACAAAAAGUGAGGAAGCUUCAACGCUGGAACAAUUAUCAAGAACCGAAUAAUGAAUUGCCAUUUGCAUUGUCACUGGAUGCUUUCUUCUUGGUGAGUUAGAGCUCUUGAUUGGGAAGACAAGUUCACUGAACAGUACCUUGCCUGUGAAGCAAACAAAUGUUUUACCAGGUGAAAUUCUUCUUCAUUGGAGUUUGACAGACCUUUAUUCGCAGUGGCAACCUUACAAUUUUAGCUUCGGCUGGUAAUUGCGAUUAGUUCUUUUAUCUAAUUCAAGUUCUUUUUUUGUUUCAUUUUCGAGAAAGAAUCUAAAUUGAGAUGGCAUCACACUUAGCAGAAUUUUGCAGUAUGUCCUCCCUCUAGUGAAUAUUGAUGCCAAGCUGAAUAAUCUUUUAUCGUACAAAUCGAUUUCUGGUUAAGGACCGGGUCAAAUUAAAAUCGGAGAUGACGUACCUCAUCGGAUCUGACUUAGUUCAGUUAAUGGAAGAAUGGGGUUUGAACACUUUUAACGAGUUUCAGCAGAACAGUACAAGUGAAGAAGAGAAAUGGUUAUCUGGUUCACGCUCAAGUGGAGGUUGAUAACUGUUUGGGAUUCGAAGUGCCUUGGCUCUCUGCUUGGGAAGGAGCUAAUUAGCUUUUGUCAUGGAUAAGAUGAUGCUUUUCAUCUGUCCAACUGAGCUGAAAAUGAUUGAUAGUGGCUGGAGGCUCGAAGGAUGGACCAUUUUCUUUUUCUCAUCUUCGACCUUAUUAUUACCUGUGAUUAUCGAUAGCUAUAUAUAUCCUGGAAUAACGGAAAGAAAAAUGAAGAAGAGCUGGAAAUUUUGCUUUUGGAAGAGUUGGAUUUCUAGAGAAGUAUGUCUAAUGAAGAUCAUUUAUCUCUGAUACCCGAUGUCAAGCUCAACACGGACAAUUGUCUGAAGUGGCUUAAGGAUUAAUGGAAGAAGAGCGAGCCAUUCUCCAGUCAGAUAAUUUUCUUAAUUAAAACCAAUUGAAAAACAAAAUAUUUUUGAUGCAUGCUCUGUAUUAUACAUAUUGAAUGAAAAGCGUUUCCAUGUGCAUAUUGAUUGGGAGAAGCUGACUAUUAUGGAGUGACGGAGGUUGUUUCCAUGUUUGAAGUGGCUAAAGUACAGAUUAAUAAACUAUGGAUAUGGUCA